CCCGUGCUUGGGAGCUGUCCCAGGAAUAAUGGUGCUGGAACUGAACUGCUGCACCAGCCAGCAACCGCUAACCACACAAAACAGAGCCACAAUCAACACGAGCUCUUUAGGGCAGUCACAAAUACCGACUGGACCACUACAGGAUCGGAAUUAUGGAUACACCAGUAGUAUCUUGUCCUUUAAAAAUCUGAAUUUUAUUAUCAGACAGAGAAUGUUAUGUUUAAAAUUUUCGUACGCCCAGGAAACCCACAGUAGCACGACGUUAACUGCAGCGGAACUGGUUUUGAUGCAAUAGUUCAUUACGGACCCUCAAAACAUAUUAAAUUGUUUUAAAUAUAAAUACAAACUGCGAUGUAAAAAUGAAGAAAAUAACGACGACUUGGAUCGCCGAGUUCAAAGGAGGCAGUCACGGAGCCGAAAGCAAUUGGACAUCUCACCACAGAGAACUGGACUUAGGGGCUGGAUUGGUCAGCCGGUGAGCGAUCGUAUCGUCGACAGGUUUAAUUGAAAAUCAUACUUGGAUCGUUUGAAAAAAAUGACACCUUUGUACUAUGUUUUACGCCUUCUUGUGUGCAACUGUUCUAAUUACCUGGACUGUGCUACGUCCUGAAAAGAGCCACUAGAAAACGACCGUUACAAAAUAACUGAAGAUUGUUCCACCCGUGUUCGUGGGAAGACAAGACGCAAAAAUAGGAAAUAAUAAAACAAAAUCUGGAAAACAGAAGGUUGCAUUCGGAUUCCCGGAUUAAUACACUUUUGAAAUCAAGGAUUAAUAUGCAUGACUCCAGGAAGACACGACAUGCCUAUGGGGACAGAGAUUUUCAGAGUUGUGCUUUCCUAAACCUCAGUUUUUUGUUUGUUUGUUUUCUAUGAUUUAAAUCGUAUCCGUUUCAAAAACAUUUAAAUAAUGCAUUGUUGGUCAACACUGAAACAUUUGCCUGGCACUUUUUUGCAUUCAGCUAUUUCCUUUACGGUAGUACAGUCCUAAAAUAUAAGUAGCUAGUCAGUUAAGCAAACCAAGUGGUUUAUAUAUUGUUGAAAUAACUGUAUAUAAACAUAUCUGUGCUGUUAAAAAGCAUCUUUCACAAAGUACCGUAUAUGACAGGAAUGCUCAGAUCUAUGAGAUUUAUCUGUAAUGAGACACAGAAAUGUGACACUGGUGUGUGUUUUGUUCGGGCAACCAACAUUUUAUUGAAACGGUUUCCCCAAUCAAAUUCAGAGCUUGUAUUAACAGAAAACAAACUGUAGUUAUGGAAGCACACAAUCCAGUUGGAUAAAAUAAAACAAAAUAACAAGCUGUCUGUAAUUCUGUAGUUCACGUCUCACACGAUUUUCAUUAAAAUAGCAAGUUGUUGGGUUCUAAACACAUGCUGAACAAAUCUAGAUGACUUAUAUCUGUGUAAGUACAUUGUAAACCAAAAGGUCACAUGUUGUUGGCAGUUGGUGUCAUUGUAUGGUGCUGGGGAUCGCUGACCAACAGACCGAUGCUGCGCGGCCAGGGCAUGCUGAAAGGCCGCUGUCGCGUCUUGUUCAGUGACCUGAAGGUUUUCCUGCUCAGGCCACCAGCACCGUCAGCACCACCACCUACAUUAAUCCCCAUGAACGGACAAAACACGGACGGCCAUGCCAACGGAGUCGCGGGAACCGGCAGCUUUGCCGACAAUAACAAUACACUCAUAAGCGCCCCUCAACUGGAGGGUUCGACUGUGCCGCCAGCAAGGGGCGCUGUGGGGCCGGAUGAGGUCAGGGCUGCGGAGGGGUGGCCUGUCACAGCGGCCGGGCAGCCUGGGACCCUAGAUUGCAGCAGCUCUUCAGAUGACUGUUCUAAAGAGAAGUCUGAGGAGCGCUUCUCCCUCACCAGUUGCACAGACAGCGGUUUUCGAACCCCCCUGUGUAGAAUCUGCUUCCAGGGACCAGAGCAGGGGGAGCUGUUGAGCCCGUGCCGCUGCAGCGGGUCGGUGCGCUGCACUCACCAGCCCUGCCUCAUCAAGUGGAUCAGCGAGAGGGGCUCCUGGACCUGCGAGCUCUGCAGCUACAAGUACCAGGUCAUCGCCAUCAGCACCAAGAACCCGCUGCAGUGGCAGGCCAUCUCUCUGACGGUUAUCGAGAAGGUCCAGAUCACGGCGGCCAUCUUGGGCUCUCUCUUCCUCAUCGCCAGCAUCUCCUGGCUGAUCUGGUCGUCCCUCAGCCCCUCGGCCAAGUGGCAGCGGCAGGACCUGCUCUUCCAGAUCUGCUACGGCAUGUACGGCUUCAUGGACGUGGUCUGCAUCGCCCUCAUCUUCCAUGAAGGCCCCUCUGUGUUCCGAAUUUUUAACCGCUGGCAGGCCGUCAACCAGCAGUGGAAGGUGCUCAACUACGACAAGAUUAUGGACAACGAGGACCAGAAGCCUGGUGCCUGCCCCAGGACCCUCUCUAUCCCUGCCCAGGGGGACAGUGGUCAGGCAGGAGCGGCGGUCUCCCCUUCCUCCUCGUCUCUCAUGGCUGCGGUGGCCGCCACCGCGCCCGUUAGCACAGCAACCCCCGCGGCGGCGGCUACCACAACACCGGGCCUCACGACCCAGGACUCCUCGGACCAGAGCAACGGGCCCUCCCUGCCCGAUCACCACUGUGCGUACAACAUCCUCCACCUGCUCAGCAACCUGAGGCAGCAGGAGCCGCGCGGCCAGCCCAGCAACAGCAACCGAGAGCUGGUGAUGAGGGUGACUACAGUCUGAGGAUUGAUUUUGAGGCCUUAUUAUCUCAGCGGUGUGGGAGACACUAAAUCAGAGCCGAAAUGAUGCACAACAACAACCCUUCCAUAUCCGAAUGGGAUGCCCUUGAGGCCAGGCCACACAUCAAUUCUGUGGCAGAGUCUUGAGACAAAACAGGGGUGUGGGUGAUGUAUGGAUGUUUUAUGGCUUUAACAUUUUGACAGUGACAAAAUAAAAAUGAAGGUUCAGAACAUUUUGAUAUUACCGUGACUGGAGGUAUUUGUUCAAAACUUUUCAUAAGUUUCGCGAGUUGUUCAAGGAAGCUGACGUGUUGGGGUACACAAACUCCAAUUCUGUACUUAUGUUUGUAUCACUACGCGUGUUACAAAGCUACAACGCAAAACAAUGUUUCAGGGAUCCAAAUAAUUCAGGUUUUAGUUUUCAGAAGGGGCUGUCUGUGGUCAUUGACUUGUGCAUAAUGGCUGUUCUCUUGUUCUCUUUGCUCUGUGUGAUUCGCUGUACAGACCUCACUCUCUGAACUGCUCCCUCCAGUGUGAUUUUCAGCCACCUGUGCCAUUUUGUUCAAUCGUAAGAGUUUCGUCGGACCAUCCAAAGAGUCCAGUGAUAAGAGUAUGUGUACUGUUCAUCUCCUGAAAACACCUUAAUUGUCCUUGAACUGCAUGUUAAUUCACCAGCAGUGGAUUCUUCCAUUCUUCAUUUCUGACAUACUUUUUCAAGUACUUCUAUCCAGAGUGAAAAGCCAUAGAAUUUCUGGAAAUAUCUUUUUUUCAUUACUUUUGCAACGCGUUUAUAGGAUGGACUUGUAAUUGUGUGUGUGUGUGUGUGUGUGUGUGUGUGUGUGUGUGUGCUCGUCUGUAUUUGUGUGUGCAUGUACGAUGGUUCGGCCAAUGGCAGAUGCAGUGAGCCAGCGUCAUCAAUCAAAGCAGGUAAAAAGGCCUCCUUUUUUUAAUCAAGAAAUGGCUCCCCUGUUCUGCAUUUCCCAAAAGUGACUGCAUGCGCUGAACCGCUGUGCCAAUCAUAGAUAAAGUAGUGGGGAUUAGGAAUGAGGGGCAGAGGGGAUGUGUUGUUUGAGCAAUAGCAGACUUCCUAGUCUGAUCACAGCAGGCUCUGGGGAGGCGGAGAUAAAAACAGAAGCCGUCAGGAGCGGUGAUAAGUCUUUCAGAGCUCUGUGCAGCUCUGCCGUGGGUCAGCCAGCUGCUCUACCCGCUUUACUGCUUCUUUUAAAAGAGCCUCAACCCAGCCUUAAUAGCGCCAUCACCCCAAACUCCCCAACUCCCCUCUAUUUUUGCAAGGUUCUGUUUACUGAGUUUUUUUUCUCUUUUUCAGAGAUGUCACAUGUUAUGGAACAGCACAUAUUUGUGUGAUGAAUAAUAUACAUUUACUGCCUAUGUUGCAAUGCCUCAGCACUUACACUAUAAUUUCUAUGGGCAGAAUCAAAGAAAAACACUGAAUUCCCCUCUGCUUCCACAUGCAGAUGAUUGAUAUCUCUGUUGAACUGUUGUCAUCUGCCAUUUUGGUUUGAUAUCUCUCUUGAAGUGUAGCCACCCAGCACUGCUUUUCUGUUAAACUACAACCACCUGCCAUUACUGUCUGAAAUCUGUUAAAUAAUGGCCACCUGCUCUACUAGUUUGAUAUCACUAUUAAACUGUUGCCACACAUCAUUCCUAUUUCAUAUUGCUCUUAAAUUGUAACCACUCUGCAUCCUGUUUUAUUCUGUAUCUGUUAAACUGUAGCCAUGUGUGAUCAAUUUGAUGUCUUAGUUAAACUGUAGCCACCUGCAAUUUAUUUUCAGCAACGCUUUAUUUUAUGGUGUCACAUCAAGGAGGAAUUAUUAUCUUUUUAAUGACCAACUAGUUAUUUAUACAUUAAUAAAUGCUAAAAGUGAAUUGUUAAUUUUAAUAAAUAUUUUCUUAAACAACAUUUAGUCAAACAAUAUUUCUCAAAACUGCAAACUUGCUGAAUAUUAGUUUCUAACAAGCUAUUUACAUGUAGCUAAUAAUGUAUGAAUAAGGAACUUGAAUAAGAUUAAUGGACAGUUUAGUGUCUAAAUAAGUAGCUAUUGAGUCAUUAAAAAGAUCAUAAAGUCAUACUAUGCAGGAUUAUUUAGCCUGUUUACAAUCAACAAAGUCUCCCCCCUCCGUCUUCAACCCCACCCACUCACCCCUGAGUUCCUGAUCGAGUCACAGGCAUGCACAUUCAUUCAAAAAUACCAGUAAAUUUCUCCUGUCAAUUACUGAGACUGGACAUUACUUUUUUGGGACUGCGAGAUGUACAAAUAAUUUGAAAACCAGACAUACCAGUCAAAAAAAUUGAAUGUCUGACAACCUUAACUGGAUAGCUAGAGGUAACAUUACAGGUCCAACAGAAAACAAGACAACUCUACGUCGCUUUUCAUCCCCUUGGCGAACUUCAGCUGAUGCUUCUGAGGAAAAGCAAUUCCAAGGUUAGCACUAGUAUUUGAGGGGGCCCUAUUGGCUUGUUUUAUUGGCUUGUUUUUUUUUUUUUUUUGCUUUGCUGUAUCUGAGCCAGUGACUACCUAGCUACCAACAAACUCCCCACUGCCCUGUAGCCACACCCACCCCUCCCCACACAGAAAAAAGAUCAACGCCUAGAAAUGUCCCAAACAUAUUUUAUAGUAAUACAUAAGAUGCACAAAUUCGAUGAAAGUGCAAAGGCAAAGAUUGUCAGUGCAUAAUUUGUAUGCCUUAGUAUGGUUAUUUUGUUAUAUUUUCUAGUUCAAAAUCCUGCAUAGUAUGCCCUUAAUUAGCCAUAACAAGAUUAAUAAUAUGUGAUCCUGAAAAUGAAGUGUUUGCUAUCUUAAUGGACUACUAUCCCCUCUACUGACUGAUACUGUUAAAGAGCACUUACUGUAAUCCAGUCAUUUUAUGAGGUGAAUGAAAUUUGUUAGAUGUAGCUGUCAGAUGUUGCACAUCAGCCCUGGAAGAGCCAUUGGCAAGGUUUGUGUUCUAUGUGUCCAACUGAACAUUUCCUGAGGUUGUUUUCUAAUGAUAUUUUACUCUAUUCAGAAAUCAUUAAAUUAAUUUAAAAUUCGAACCAUAAAUACAUAUUGUUUUUAUUAUUAUUAUUAUUAUUAUUAUUAUUAUUAUUAUUAUUAUUAUUAUUAUUAUAAAAGGAUGGAAGCAAUUUUGCGCUCAAAAACUGAGUCAUUAUAGGUAUUUGCUGUUCAACCGUAUAAGGAGAGGGGAGGCUGCAGAAAGCACGUUCUUCAUCCUUCUCUCUAUUUUCAAGUCAUCUAUGAUCAAAUACGUUACUAAAAGUAAUGGGCAAAUUUAUGGCAUUUUAAAAAUAAAGUUACCAUUUAUUUGG